AUGGGAGGACGGGUGUCUGAUGAACUCACAGUCAGCACAGGAUCCCCGCCGGGCUGUUGCCUCAACCCUAAACUCUUUACCCUGUACAAUGACUGUGUCUCCACCCAGCACAACACCAUCAUUAUUAAAUAUGUUGAUGACACCACUUUAAUGGGGCUCAUCCACGAGGGGAAUGAGUCAGGGUCCAGGACGAUGAACACUUUUAGUAUUGGCCCCCAGCCAUCACUCCCACCACGGAAUCCCAGUAUGAAGAAAUCUCUCCCACCUCGCCCUCCUCCAGCCAAAACAGGCCCAGAAAAGCUUCGUCCCCCGAACCUUCAGACAGCAGGUCGAUCCCAGUCAGCUCCACUACAACCUUCACCUAAAAAUCUUCCACAGAUGCCCCUUAAAAAGGGGCUCAUCUUUCCUCCAAGACCUUGUCCAGGCCACCGGCUUUACAACAAAUACACUCUUCCACUUCCUCAUGGGAUUGCAAUCUAUGACUUUGAUGGUAGCGAUUGUGGGGAGCUUUCAAUCCAGCAAAAUGAAAUUCUUCUGCUACUGGAAGAGACUAAUAGCAAUGAGUUUGAGUGCCAAAUUGGAGAGGUCAGAGGGAGAGUGCACAAGUCUCGGAUGAAUGUCAUAACUCCCCUUGACUCAGCUUGGUCCUCCCACCAGGAAACUGGUGCAACUGCCUCUGGUAGAGACAAUUAUGGACUAAAAGUAGAAGCUUUGUAUGACUUCCUUCCAGGGAGUCCAGAAGAGCUGGCUCUUAGAGAAGGAGAUGUUGUGACAGAGGUGGAGCAGGUGGACAACCAUUGGUAUCGAGGUACCUUGAAUGGAUCAACUGGUUACUUUCCCAUUAAUUAUGUCAAAGUGUUGUUAAAUUCACCGAAAUGGCUCCAUGAAAAGAAGCCAAAGCCAAAAUCUGCACCUGUCAGUGGUCCAAGAUGUGAGGCAAGUUGUGACUUUGUGGGGGAACACAGCGAUGAGUUGUCGUUUUUCAAGGGAGACAUAAUCCAGCUGAAGGAAUAUGUGGGGAAGGACUGGGCUCGGGGACAGAUCGGCGUCUCCGUCGGAAUUUUCCCCCUGGACUUUGUGUACAUCAUAGAAGAUCUGCCUCCACCUCUCAGGCAGCAUCAGCCUGGCAGGGUGGAACUGCCUGGCAUGGCUGCUUCUGGGACUGCUAAAUUUGCUCAGGUUCCUGAGUCCAAGGUGGAAUGGGCAGUGGCUCUGUACGAUUACGCCGCAAAGUCAGAUGACGAACUUUCCUUUCAGCAGGGUGACAGAAUCCUGGUCACCAAGCAUUUAAAUGAGGAGUGGAGCUCCGGUAGGCUCAGUGGCAGAGAGGGCAUGUUCCCCAGGAAUUUCAUUGAGAUCAACACAGGACAGAUGACUAACCAGCAGAUGGGAGCUUCUGUUGGUGGAAAAGCCAGGGCACUGUAUAGCUUUCAAUCAAAUUGUGACGAGGAACUCUCUUUCCAGGUUGGAGAUAUUAUAACCAAUCUGGAGUCUAUUGAUGAUGAAUGGUUUCUGGGGGAAUUGGGGGGGAUCCGAGCCCUGGUUCCUAAAAACUACGUGCUAGUUCUGUAAUUUAACAUGAUGUGUGACGCUGUUGCUCACUGCAACAAAGACAUUUGGAAGAAAAGUAAAAUUUGAUGUAUUUUA